AUGGUUGACAGGGGCCCUGCCCAGCACCCUGGAUCCUGUCAGGGUGAGCUGAUGAAGCCUGUGGGGGCUCUGUGUAGGAACCUAGGGUUUGCACAGAUCUGCACAGCCAAGCUGGGGAACAGACCACAGAGGAAGGGGAGGCGGUGGCCUCGCCAGGCACAUUCCAGGUUAAAGCCAGCCCAAGAGGAACCGCGAAUGGAGUGCCCUGAGAAUGGGAGCUCUUCCAAAGUAGCUCUUUCUGGGAUGGGACCAGAGGACAGUCAACUGAGCAGAGAGGGAGAAACAGUCUCUGGAGAUCUUCAGAGAACAGGAAGGUGGAGGGGAGGGGUCCUGAGCCCCCUCCAUCCUAGAACGUGGGUUCGAAGAAGGGCUGAGAAAUGGAGUUUUCCAGCUGAUGUCACUGUGAACUUGCAAGCAGAGGUACAGGUGGAGGCAAGGAAGACCAAGUGCCUGCAGGACCCAGGGGAUGCCUGUAGGUAUGGGGAACUUGAACCCAUCUCCUGGGGAGGAGGUUGGCAUGACAAUGGAUCUCAGGGGCAGACUAAGACACCAGAUGUCCCAGCUGGGAAUGAAGACAACAAGAUAGAUGCUUUUCAAGGCUCUGGUGGGCACCUCUUUCUAACAGUUGAAGGGACAGCUGGUGUAGCCCAGGGUGCCAAGAUGAGCUUGGGAACAGACCUGUCUGAGGCCAUGGGGCCUUGGACUCUCCCGUCCCAGGGUUCAGCCGACUCCUACACCAGCCGCCCCUCUCUGGACUCAGACGUCUCCCUGGAGGAGGACCGGGAGAGCGCCAGGCGAGAAGUGGAGAGCCAGGCUCAGCAGCAGCUGGAGAGAGCCAAGCACAAACCUGUGGCAUUUGCUGUGAGGACCAAUGUCAGCUACUGUGGGGUUCUGGAUGAGGAGUGCCCAGUCCAGGGCUCUGGGGUCAACUUCGAGGCCAAAGAUUUUCUGCACAUUAAAGAGAAGUACAGCAACGACUGGUGGAUCGGGAGGCUAGUGAAAGAGGGUGGAGACAUCGCCUUCAUCCCCAGCCCCCAACGCCUGGAGAGCAUCCGGCUCAAACAGGAACAGAAAGCCAGGAGAUCUGGGAACCCUUCCAGCCUGAGUGACAUUGGCAACCGACGCUCUCCUCCUCCAUCUCUAGCCAAGCAGAAGCAGAAGCAGGCGGAACAUGUUCCCCCAUACGAUGUGGUGCCCUCCAUGCGGCCUGUGGUGCUGGUGGGACCCUCGCUGAAAGGUUAUGAGGUCACAGACAUGAUGCAGAAGGCUCUCUUCGACUUCCUAAAACACAGGUUUGAUGGCAGGAUCUCUAUCACGAGGGUCACAGCUGACCUCUCACUGGCAAAGCGGUCUGUGCUCAACAACCCUGGCAAGAGGACCAUCAUUGAGCGCUCCUCUGCCCGGUCCAGCAUUGCUGAAGUGCAGAGUGAGAUUGAGCGCAUCUUCGAGCUGGCCAAAUCCCUGCAGCUAGUCGUGUUGGAUGCUGAUACCAUCAACCACCCAGCACAGCUAGCCAAGACCUCAUUGGCCCCCAUCAUCGUCUUUGUCAAAGUAUCCUCACCGAAGGUACUCCAGCGACUCAUCCGCUCCCGGGGAAAGUCGCAGAUGAAGCAUCUGACGGUACAGAUGAUGGCAUAUGACAAGCUGGUUCAGUGUCCACCAGAGUCAUUCGAUGUGAUUCUGGAUGAGAACCAACUGGAAGAUGCCUGUGAACACCUGGCCGAAUACCUAGAGGUUUACUGGCGCGCUACCCACCAUCCAGUGCCUGGCCCUGGACUUCUGGGUCCUCCUAGUGCCAUCCCUGGACUUCAGAACCAGCAGUUGCUGGGGGAGCGUGGUGAGGAGCAUUCGCCCCUGGAGCGGGACAGCUUGAUGCCCUCAGAUGAGGCCAGCGAGAGCUCCCGCCAGGCCUGGACUGGAUCUUCACAGCGCAGCUCCCGCCAUCUGGAGGAGGACUAUGCAGAUGUCUACCAGGACCUGUACCAGCCUCACCGCCAACACACCUCGGGGCUUCCCAGUGCUAAUGGGCAUGACCCCCAAGACCGGCUCCUAGCCCAGGACUCGGAGCACGACCACAAUGACCGGAACUGGCAGCGUAACCGGCCUUGGCCUAAGGACAGCUACUGACCACCACCUGCCCUACCCUGGCAGGGACAGGCACAGCGGCUGGGGUGCCCACCUCAGGCAGGUUGGAGUUAGACUGGCAUUAGGCUGCCACUAGGUUCAGCUCUCACAACCCCCUGCCCAGCCCCUGGUCCAGGGCUGACUGUGGUCCCAAGGUUCUGGGAGAAGCAAGGGGCCCCCUCACCUCCUGGGCACAGUGACCCUGUAGGCUCUCAUCCCAGGUACUAGCUGUGUUCUGUACCCUUGGCACCUUUCUCACCUGCACAAGAAGCUGCCGCAGUGGGCAGUGAUCUCAGGCCAGGAUCACUUAGCAGGGGACGCCCGACCAGAAUGGAUGCCCCUCUAAUAACGAGGGUGGGAGCGUGGGCAGUACAGCAUAAGUCCUAACAAGGGGCUCAGUUGUGCUCUGGGGUCUAAGGGCCUCUACUCUCCUCACUGCCACACAUCAGAAACGAAACAAUCAGAGCUCGACUUCUGUACAUCAGCUGGGGUGGGCAAGUACACCUAAGACAGGAGCAGUGCAAGUGAGGCUAGACAGACUCACAGCGGAGGCUCUGGUAGACAAAGGCCCUCCUCUCCAAACCAGGAAGCUUAGCAUCUGGCAAGCCUAGGGAACUGGAGCACAGUGAAGCCAGAAGCUUGGACUGCGGGGGAGGGAGGAACAGCUUCCGGCCCCCUUGCGUUUCUCAUUCUUUUGCCCUUGCAUCUGUCAUUUCUGUUCUUUCCCUCCAUGCCUCCUGCAAGACCAGGCUCCCUGACUCAUAGCUGCCGCUUGUUAAGUUAGGGUUAGAUGAGGACACUAGGACACAGUGGACAGCCCCCAGAGGCUGUCCACCUGGCUACCCUUGCCUUAUGGCUCUAGCGUGUGACCUACAGAGCAUGCUCCAUUAAGAACCUACCCCACCUCAUUGUCAUCUCCAAUAAACACCAUGCACAGUC